AUGAAGUAUUUUCUUUUUGUAAUCGGAAUUUCUGGAUGGCAUAAUGAUGAUACGACAUCAUAUUUUUAUACCACGACGAUAUACACAACAACAACGCGAGAACCAACAACGACAACACAAGGUUCUACCACUUCGCUCUAUUUUGACUGCGGAGGAAAAAUAACAUCAGCGCAAACAAUCACAUCUCCUCUUUUCCCGCUCGUCUACCCGGACCAGGGUUCGUCUGAUUACGAUCUCGGUUACGAUGGCUUUAGUUUCGAAAUUAUUCCUUUUACCAAGAAAUAUUUCAAACGCCAGAUUCAAGCGGAAAUCAAGGCGAUUAUUGCGCUCCUGCCGGGUGUUCUACCUCGAUUCAAGGAACGAUUUACCGCUAAAAUGCGACGAAUAAUGAGCAAACUAAAGUCGCCCAAAGAAGAAACCCUCUGUUUCGAGGAAAAUGGCUUCAGUUCUAAGCAAGAAAUGAUGAUCAAACCUGACUUCGUUCAAAUAGGCUUCCUUUGCGAAAAAAACAUCAAAUUAAACGAAGCAAUCAACAGUUUUGCUGCAAACUAUGCUUGUGAUGGCGGAGGAAAGCUCUUUCAAAAUGUCAUUCGAAGAGCAGAAAAAGCAAGAGAUUUCUUUAUCAGAAAACAAAACUGCUGA